UCUGCAGUGUGUGAGGUGGAGGAUGAGGGGACGUGGAGGAGACCACCGCUCGGUUUAGCAUGAACAGAAUGAGACUCAUAGUUACUUAUCUUUUGGUUCACUGACUUUUGGUCCACUGACUGUGUACAUACCUGUGUUGUACUGACACGAGCAGCUUUUACACAGGAUGUGUUGGGGGCAGUGUGGGUGUGUGUUUGAGAGGUGGUCCAGUAACCUCCUCAUUUAUGUUAUGAAAAGCUCCGCUUUGUAGACGGCACAGUUGCACAGCAGAUAUCCAGCAACAGAAUGGAGAUCGUGUUUUUCCUGCCACUGCUUCUGGUCUGCUCUGUUUCAGCAGAUCAGACUGAGACUCCACUUCAGCCACCCUGUCCACAGGACAUCCAUGCCGUGCUGAGAGAGAUGACCGCCUCUCUGGCCGAACAUAAAGUGGAGAUCAGGACCUUAAAAGAACAUAACAAAGAACUUGUGGCAAAACUGAAAGAAGCAGAGAGUCAAAAGCUGAAGCAGCAGCUGCAAGACCAUGCAGCAAAGCUGGAGGAGCUGGAGACUCACAAGUCUGUGGUUGUUGAGUUAAAGCAGGAACUGAAAGUCAAACAGGUGGCUUUCUCAGCCUCUCUGCUGGAUCAAGGUGAUGGAUAUACUGGACCCUUUAACACAGAGACCACUCUGAUCUUCAAACGUGUUGUCACAAACAUUGGAAAUGCGUACAACAUAAACACAGGUAUUUUCACCGCACCAGUGAGAGGAGUCUACCACUUUGAGUGGCACAUAGGUGCACACGGGGAUGCUUCACAUGCUGUAUAUGCUCUGUUGUUUAAAAAUGGAGAGCGCAUAUUCACAGCAUACGAAGUCCAACCGUCCCAUUAUGUAACCACCUCUAAUGGAGCCUCUCUGCUGCUGGAGGUUGGAGAUCAGGUGCUUUUGCAUCUCGCUACUAACUCGAAAAUCUACGACAAUCAAAAUCAUCUUUCCACCUUCAGCGGUCAUCUGAUUUUCACCAUGUGAGAGCGAAGCUCUUCCUCAUGUUGUUUUUGCUCAGCUGUUUGAGAAUUAUAUGUUAAGUGCAUUCAUGUCACUGAUAGUAAAUGUAAACUAACUGUCUUUGGUUUUUAAACCAUUUACAUUUAUAGAUAAAGGCAAUGAUACAGUGAAACAGUUUACAGUCAUAUUUCUACCAAAAUAAUAAUGAAAAUUCUUUUUUUGGUUCUGGGUCAUUCAACCCUGCAUUCUGAGUUUAUGAUGGAUUUUUUUCUGAUUUCUUUGUAAACUUUUAGUUUUCUAUCACUUAGUUUAUAGUCAUAGUUUUUCCUGCUAAGUUGAUUAUACUCCCGGCCCAUGUGUUCUUGUCCCUGUGUCAUUUCCUGUUUCCUGUCCGAGUCUUUUCCUCUGUGUCGUGUAGUUGUGUCUCGUCUCUCUUUCCUGUUUACAUGUUCCCCUCCUUGUGUUUCAUUCCGUGGCUCCUCCGUCUGUGUUGUGCUUUCAUGUGUGUUCUUCCAAGCCCGUCAUGUCUCCCUCUGUCUCUGUGUAUCAUCUCCCUUAACUGUUUCCACGUUCCCCUCUCCUGGGAGACUGCUCCCGUUGUCUCCCAAGCCCAGCUCCUAUGUCAAGUUGUGUUAAUUAGUCUGAAUCUCAGUGUUUCCUGUUUUACUUUGAAAGUGUCACGUCCUGUGUGCAGUGUGUUUAGUUUUUCUUCCUCUGUGUAGUUAGGUCAAUUCGUCUCAGUUGUUUUCCCAGGUGUUUCCACUUUCCCUAAUUACCCUUGUGUGUAUUUAUUGUGUGAGUGUCCCUCUGUUCAUUGUCAGGUCGUCUGUUUGUCUCCCCGUGUUCCUGGUCUGAAGUUUUUCCCAUGUUCCUUGUGCUUUGAUCUUAGGCUCUUGACGAAGGCGGUUGAACUUUUCUCCUCUCCCUCUCCCUUAUCUUUCCUGCUUGGCUUCUCAUGUCCUUGUCUAGUCUCGUCUACUUUUCUACUUUUGCCCUGGAACACUCUCACAGUCUGUUCUCUAAAACCUAAAAGAGGAAUUAUGGAUUUGGUCAACUGGUUCCUGAAUGCAAUUAACACCCUCUUCUCAACGAGAAGUCUGGGCUCGGGUGAGCCCGAGUGUCCUGGAGGGACGUUCCCUGCCGGAUACACGAUGGAUGGGUGGAGGAAUUGGAGGGUCGUGUGCCUGACGGGACUGUUGAUCGAGGACAUUGAAGACAUCUACCUUUUCUGAACCAUGAUAACAGGGUUCCUGCUGAUGGGAGCUGGCAUAGCCCUGGCUUCUCGAAAAUUAAAGAAAGCAGAAUCGGCUGUUCAAAACCCCACAAGGCUGCCUGCUGUGUUUGAAACAAUGUUGGAUCUUGGAGAAGCUCACGGCGAUUGUGAGUACUCAGACUAUGCUCUUUGAGCGCAAGAUUGACAACAUCUCGCAGAAGCUCACGGCUCUCCAACAGGAGAUUGAGAGGCCAGUGACGGACUGUUAGACCAACUGUGAAAUUGACAUGCAGUUGUUCGCACUAAAGGAAUACCACCAUCAUUUCAUGUGGCUACCAUAUCUGCGCCAGCUGUGGUCUCAAGGCUGGAGCUGAACAUAACAAAUUCUCAAUUCUAACAGACGAUGCUUAGAUUGUUCCUUCCUAUCCUACGCAAGGCCACCUGGGUCAGCUGGAAGACUGUUUACUUAGCCUGGCGGUGCGAAGGACACUCUCUCAGGUAAACUCAGGAUACACACAAGCAUCCAAACGCCUUCGAUGCUUGUCCCCUCCCGGGGAAGAUGGCGGAUCAACUGGACCAGCGCAGAAAUGCUGCAGGACCGGAUGCGCUGUUUACACCGGCUCUCUCUCAUCCUUUACCCGCCCCUGUUGCUUGUCUUGUGUUUCUGUGGUGUAUUGACAGUUAUGUGCUUUUUGUGCUGGGGUGUUUCUCUGUUCUCAAACUGUUCUCCCAUUAGGAGCUCAGUCUGAAUGGAGUUUUUUUCUUCUCCUCUCACCUCAUGUUGUGUGUUUUCGUUGGUUUUUUCCCAUCAGCCUGCCUUUCUGACAUGUCUCCUAAUGUGAUGUUUGUGUAAAGUAUGUUUGGUCACACGGUUCCUUUGUAAGUGCGCAUGCGCCAUUUAGCCUGCUGUAACCCAUAAUUUCCUUCGGCAUUAUUAAA